AUGGAGAUAGUCACUUCUAUCGUUAUCCAGGGGAUACUCCUCGUGUUGGCACUGGGUGUUACGAUCCUAAGAUGUUGGGUCCGUCUUUGUAUGGAGCACCGUUCAUUGACUCUACCCGACUACCUCGUUUGGGGAGGCUUCAUCUGCGCGCUUGGAUGGUUUGCCUGCUCUACAAGAGCGCUUUACAUCUUGAUUGAUCAUCCUCUGGACGAGGAGACAAGGAGCGACUCCGUCGAAUACCUGAAAGUCGUAUUCGUGUCUAUCUACUUCUUCGACACGGGGUUGUACUUCCCCAAAGUUUCGCUGGUGGCUUUCUACUGGUGGUUGAUCCCGCAAGGCUUCAGACGUCUUCGUUACGCAGUCUAUGCCACUACUGCGAUCGUGAUCGCCUGCUUUGUUGCGAGCAUACUGUGCGAUACUCUUCUCGCGCCAAAUAUCUCCGACAACUGGUCUAUCGAGAACCAGCUCAACUCAACAUGGAAUACUUACUCCAACUUGGUAGUCAACUGGACACUCAACUUUGGCACGGAUCUGCUGCUAUUCGGCCUGCCAUUCUUCAUUUUCAACUGCUUGAAGCUGCGUAGAAGACAAAAGGUCGGCCUGGUCGGAAUCUUCUCUCUGGGCGCCAUCACCAUGGCCAUCAGUCUCGCCCGUUUCAUCGUCUACAACAUGGACUACGACAUCGCCGACGCCGACGGCAACCUUUGGUGCACGGCCGAAAUGUGCACAGCCGUCAUCGUCGUCUCGCUCCCGUCCUUAAAGGCACUCAUCAUCAAACCCACACCCGCUACCUCAUCCAACCGCAGCAACUCAGGCUAUCUGCAAGCUGGCUCCGGCAAAACGAUUGGUAGCAAAGGUAUCAACUUCAAUGGGCACAGCUCGAAUAUUCAGGGCGGCACUAUGGACGAUGAAAUGGAGUUGACUUUUCUGGACCGAAAGGCUAGCCCUACACCAACUGGAACCACUGAUGGGUCACGCUUGCAAGAUGGGAAAGAUAAUGUGAUGGUGACUACAGAUUUCGAGGUCACCAGUACGAGGAAUGUGUUUUAG